ACUAUGUCCUGGCUGGAACAUAGACCAGGCUGGCCUCAAACUCACAAAGAUCUGCGUGCUUCUGCCUCCCAAGUGCAGGCAUUCAAAGGCAUGCGCCACCACGCUCUUCUCUUUCUGUCUCUGUAUCUUUUUCUGUCUCUGCCCCACCCCUUUUGUCAUUAACCAGCCAAGCAGUCCGGCCAAGGCGGAUGUAGAGCGAUGAUUCAGUAGUGACAGGAAGCCAACUGCCUCGAUUGCUGCCCACCAGAGUCUGUGGUGUUGGCAUCGGCUUGGGCAGGUGUGCGGGCACAGGAUGAGGUGGCCAUGGUGAGGAGCCCCCACUCUCAGCUUUACAGCCCCCUCCCCAAGCAAGCAUGAACGCCGAGCUGGAGCUGCUGUGGCCAUUGUCCAUCCUAUUGCUGCUGCUGUUGGGGACCACAGCCUGGCUGUGUGUCCACUGCUCCCGUCCGGGGGUGAAGAGAAAUGAGAAAAUCUAUGAGCAGAGGAACCCGCAAGAAAAUGAACAGAGCUUCCCUGUGUCUCAGACCUACUCCCUGGCCAGGCAGGUGUGGCCAGGACCCCUGAUGGACACAGCUUUGGACAAGUCAUCUGAAAGGAAGAACAAGCUGAUGUUCUCCCACUUUGAGGGUCCUGAGUCCCCUAGAUACCAGAACUUCUACAAAGGAAGUACACAGGAGCCUGAUGCUAGCUAUGUAGAUCCCAUCGCCAUGGACUACUACAACUGGAGAUGUUUCCAGAAGCCCCUAGAAGAUGAUUCCACCUCCUAUGAGAACGUGCUCAUCUGCAAGCCCAGCACCCCAGACUCAGGUGGCGAGGAAUCUGAGGAUUACCAGAACUCGUUAUCCAUCCGUCAGUGGCGAGAGUCCAGGAGGACUGUGGGUGCACAAAUGUCCCCAUCGGAAAGCCUCGAUGAGGAGCCAGAUUAUGUGAAUGGGGAUGUGGCUGCAGCUGAGAAAAUCUAGGAGAGAAUCAACCGGAAGGAAGGUACAGUCAGUCUACCCUCUAGCUGCUUG